AGCCAUUUCAAUUCUUUCCAAUUGUGAUACGAGUCUGAUGUACUUGAUGAUGAAUGAGUGAUAAGUAACAGAAAGAUAAAAUAACAUCAGAUAGUAUAGAUAGUAAUGGCCUGUGCUGCAGUUACUGUUAAUAAAGAAUAAAGGUUAUUAGAAUACAGACUUGUUGUUGAGCAGAGGGAUGGAUGAUUCACUGACCCUGAAAUACUAUAAUAUUAUGAUUGGACACGGAGUGGCGGACAUGCGCCACACCUCUUCAAAAUAACAUACUACGCAUGUCUGACUCGUGAUUUUUAUAUAACUAUUGCGCAUAACCGUAAGCUAGUAACUAGAUAGCACAAUAUAAUGAAGCUCGUGCAUGAUGCACGAGCUGAUGUAAUAUGUUGUAACAACUGCGCAUGAAUAAUCACGUGUAUUGAAACUAAGACAAUAAAAGAAGGGGAUUUCCAGGAGGAGAACGGGAUAAUUUGUUGGUAGACGCCUGAUCAACGUCUCGUUGUGAGAUUCCCGGAAUUCUCCUCCUGUGCAGAAUCCCCAGCCGUGGAGUGAUGUUAGAAUAUCCGUCAUAUCUUUAUGGUGAUAAAAUUACAUGCUUAUAUAAGAACUGCAGUAAGGAUAGGAUGGAGAAAAAAAUAAGAAGUAUCUGCAUAUCAUCAUACCCAGGAGCAAUAUAUUUUCUUCAGAUUGCCUGGAAGAAAGAUUUGGGAGAUGGAUUCACAGUAGCACUCACUGAUGGUCAUUCUGCCUGGACUGGUGAGGUUUCUCAAGAAGAUGUUUCCCAAGAAGCAAAAGACAUGGAGAUGGAGAGGUCAAACUAUGUUGAGGAAUUAAGGAAAGCUUUGAUUAUGACAGCCUUACCAGCAAAUAAAUAUAAUUUUGAUCUGUUGGAAGAUAGAGAAAACCCUGAAAUCUAUCAUUUCACAUAUGAGAAGACAUUAAAAGAAGUUGCGUUUAAGCUUGGAUCAACUAAACUGAAAUCUGUCCAGAACCCGGCACAUGUCAUCAAAGAGUUGAUAAGCUAUUGCCUGGGCUGUACAGCUGAAUUAUAUAGCAGAAAUGAACACCUGCAAAAGGAAAAUGAAAGGCUCCAGUGUGACUGGAAUGACAUGCACGCACAGCUGGAAAAGUUUGUGGAUGGCAAAGAAGAACUAGAGCAAACCCUUUAUACUCAAUUUACUUGUGUUCUAAAUGAGAAGAAAGCAAAAAUCAGAAACCUAAAGGAAAAAUUAUCAGAGGCACAAGAAAGACUAAAACAAAAAAGUGAAGAUUCUGCUCCCGUUGAUACUCUUGCAGCCAGUGAAAUGAAGUAUGAUGCCUUUGGUGGCUCAACUGAUGAGGAGCAGGAAAGCCCUGCAGUUGCCUCAAAGACUGCUGCCAAAUCCCAGCGAAGAUCACUCGUCAUUGAUGAUGCCCCUGAUGUUGCACCUAGUAGAAAACGAAGACAGAGGGGCCAGAAGACUUUCUACACAGAUGUAGUAGCUAAUACUACUAAAACAUCUAAUGAAGAAACACAGAGAUGUAAUCCAGCCCCAGCUCAGUCAGUUGGCAAAACUUUCUCAACAGAAGGAACUUCUUCCCAGACAUUAAAAAACACUCCCGAUCCAGAUGACCUCUUCAGUGACAUUUAAGGAAACCACUAACCCACCUCUAUUUAAAACAAACACGUCUUAAGCAAUUAUUUUUGUAAUAAAUGUAUAAUGUUUCUACAAGGGGAUCGCCUGCUAAGAGCAAAGUCACAUAUCUGAGCACACAGGGUCGAUGCGGUCGCACUACAAGUUUUUGAAUCAUUUUUAAUACAAACAAUAACUUUGAAAGUUGAUGUUUCUUACAAUAGAGUUUUGCCACUUCAGAAUAAAAGAACGGAGAUCUGAUUA